AAUACGUGCCAGCACAUAAGUGGUUAUUUGACGUCAAAUUUCAUGUGGGGGUUUUUUUUUCCCUCUGUACAUAUCUUGGGCUGGCUGUGCGCUUCUUCCGGCUAGCCAGUGACCGCAACAACAUCGGGAGCACACAGCGAUUAGAAGCAAUAACAACUUUACCCGCUGAAAACGUCUUGCUUUGCAAGCUGGUGCCUUGUUGCAACUCGUUCCACGCCUAUCUGACUGACUUUCCCCACGCGCUGCUCUCUGUUCUGAUUGUGCUGCGAUACAUAACCGCCGCCUGCCUUAUUAUCUCCACCGACCGCAAUACUUAAAUAUGCAGUCGCAUCACCUGCCAAGAAAAUAAUAGUUUGUAGAAAUAUGCUCAUGCACACGACAGGUGCGCCAGCGAUUCCAAUCAGCGCCUUUUUUAUACAUAUUCGACGCGAGGUAUCUGUCUGAAAUCAUACGUUGCCAACCAUGAAUCGGCAUAAAUUUCUCGACUCAACCCUGCGCGAAGACAUUGAUCACAUUUGGCUGGCUGAUUAUUUGGAGUCCUCAUCGGCAGAGCGAGGCUCUGGGUGUUGCGGUGUAGCCGAGGCUGAGUCGGCGGCUAAGGUUGCAUUUCCACCAUCGACGCGGAGGAAAUUGAACCGCGAUUAUUUAUGUCGAGUCGAUAUGUCACGAGUGGCGAUUCGCUGACAGCGGCAGGAUAGCCAUGUGGAACAAGGUCAAAUGUGGACGUGGGAGUGGAUCUCCUAUCCGGGCUGUCAGCCGCAGUGAGGAGCAUCCGCGUUGCUUCCUCCCACGGGAGCUGCGCGCGAAGCAGCUUGCCAGGUGAGGGAUGGAGAUGAGAGAGUUGACUGUGGUAGCGGGGAGCUUCGUGGGUUUCCAGCUACUCUUCUCCGUGGCCAGUCCUUUACUCUCUUCAGCCAUCUCGCCAACUUAUGGAUUACUGCCUCCCACCAAGCACACAGAGUGGAACUCAAGGUUGGUGUCAACGGUUCACGCUCUGAUUGUGGGAUUAUUUUGUUUGUACAUCCUAUGCUUCGAUGAGGCGGUCAACUCCAAUCCCGUCUGGGGGGACCCAAGUAUGGUCAAAUUAAAUGUAGCCAUAACCUGUGGCUACCUACUUUAUGAUUUAUUGCUGCUUGCAUGUAAUUGGAGCACGAUGGGGGACAGAUUUUUUGUCUGUCACCACUUGGCGGCGCUCUACGCGUAUGGAUAUGUGCUGACGCGCGGUGUGCUGCCCUACUUUGCCAACUUCCGUCUCAUUUCUGAGCUAUCCACACCUUUUGUGAAUCAAAGGUGGUUCUUCGAAGCAUUAAAAUACCCCCGCUCAAACAGGAUGGUGGUCGUCAAUGGCGUCGCCAUGACGGUGGUCUUUUUCCUGGUGCGGAUUGCCGUCAUGCCGUCCUAUUGGGCCAGCGUAUUUUCCACAUUUGGCACUGAAGACUUUGAGCGCCUGGGAUCGGGCGCCCAAGUAGCCUGGAUCACCUCCUGCGUGGCCCUGGAUAUCUUGAACACUAUCUGGAUGUUUAAGAUCACGCGAGGUUGCUACAAAGUACUGGCCGGAUCGAAAGCGCAGAAAGGUCAAGAACAAGCGGAGGCAUCUACCCGCUCGGACAAGAAGAAGCAUGCCAACAACCACGCGGACUGAAAGCGAACAGGGGGACACGCGCAGGGGGAGAGGCUGCACAUCAAGGACUGUCCGUCUCCACCCUCAAAUCCUCAAGCUCAGCCCUCGAACUUCCUCAAGUUGGCCAGUAGAAGGGGCUCUAAGUCCUCAGGUUCCCACCCGGAGACGCCACACGGGGACUCAAUCAAGCACCAGCCUUCUCAGCCUGGGUGGUUUUCACAGGCAGGUUAGCAUAUAAGUGCUGCUUUUUGUUGCGGAUGACGAGACAACGCUCACGAGCGCAUUUUCUCGCCCCCCCUCUCCCCGGCUUCCGUUCACAUGACAGCUCCUCAUCUCCACCUUUCGAGUCUCCUCUCACGUCAGCCAAAGCCCAAUCCGCUGAAGUGCCUGCCAACGACAGGAAAGCAAUAGGCUCGUCGUGCUUGAACAAGGCCGCGCGGUUUUAACAGUCAAAAUCUCCCACGCUGUAGCACUUGAGGCGCAUACGAAGUUUGUGAAUUGACAGGGCUCUUAUCCUUAACACAGCAGACCUCACCUAAAAAGGAACAAGACCAUCAUGCCUCGUCUACAGUGCGUGGCCUCUUUGGACCUGUCACCAGCCACGGCCCUCAUAAGCCACUCCCAAUUGGAACGACCAGGGGAAAAAAAAA